CUGCUUGUUUCAGAUCCACUAUUGCCUCGUAUUGUGGCAUUUAUCCAGGAAUUUCCGAAUUAUUUGCAAACAAUCGCUCACUGCGCCCGGAAAACCGAAUUAGCCCUCUGGCAGGCGCUGUUUGCAGUAACGGGUCAUCCAAGAGAGCUGUUCGAAAAAUGUAUUCGCGAUGGACAACUGGAAACGGCUGUCAGCUUUCUUAUCAUUUUACAAAAUAUGGAAAGCAGCUCCGCUAGUCAGGAGCAUGCCACAAUUUUGCUGGAGGAGGCUUUGUCCAAACGACAAUGGUUAAUAGCUCGUGAUAUUGUGCGUUUUCUUCGUGCCAUCGAUCCAUCAGAUAUUGACGGUUCACCCCGUACACCACCAUGCCAAAAGACACACCGUAACGUGGCCAAUGUUGUUUCACGAAUCCCAACGCGUAUCUCCACCGAUAAUAGUGAUGAAACAGAUUCGUUUGUUUUUGGAAGCUACAGCGCUCCAGGUCUAAUAACAAGACCACGCUUUUCGCAACAAGAAAUGGUUGGGAGCGGGGCUGUGGGGCGAAAAGACUCAUCAGGUCAUGCUGCUAGCAAAAAAGUACAGAAAAUGAGUUCAUCCGAUGCACCGCUCAGUCCGGGAAUCGUCGCUGGCGUCGUAUCCACAUAUCUCGAUGAUGUACUGAAUCGACAUGCUGCUCAUCUGCUCGAGGAUUGCAGCAUUCGAGAUCUAGGUCUAAUAACAAGACCACGCUUUUCGCAACAAGAAAUGGUUGGGAGCGGGGCUGUGGGGCGAAAAGACUCAUCAGGUCAUGCUGCUAGCAAAAAAGUACAGAAAAUGAGUUCAUCCGAUGCACCGCUCAGUCCGGGAAUCGUCGCUGGCGUCGUAUCCACAUAUCUCGAUGAUGUACUGAAUCGACAUGCUGCUCAUCUGCUCGAAGAUUGCAGCAUUCGAGAUCUAGCUCUGUCAGUAUCUACAUGCAAUACAUAUGUUCCGGACGAUACGCUAAUUGCUAUUUCAAAUCCAAGUACACCUAUCGAGGAACGUGAGGGUAUUUUAUUUUUUUGAAA